AUGUCAGUCACCAAACCAGCACAGACAAAAACAGAAGACAUAAAUAGAACCAAAACGAAAAGCGGAAAACUUCUAGAAACGAUCGACGACGAUGUUUUGCUUGUCAAUAAGCUAAAACAGGAUAUUAAGGUCAAGAGCAAAGUUUCCACAGGAGGUACAGGCGAGAAACCGGAAGCUUGGGAAGAAAACGACGUGAAUCUUGAAUCAGAGGAGAGCAAGUGGGACAAGGAUUCCGAUUUUUACAAGAAUAUUGACGAGAAGGCCUUCAGACAGUACGAUUUAGCAUGUUCUAGAGUCAGAGAGUUCUACGAAGAGCAACACGAAAAACAGACGGUUGCCUACAACAUUCAGGCCCGCAUCAACUUCAAAACGAAAGUCAGGGCGAAAAUGACCGUGUGGGAGGGCUUGGAAAGACUCAACAAGCUCCUAGACGAGAGUGAUCCAGACACAGAACUUUCCCAGAUAGACCAUGCUCUUCAGACCGCUGAGGCCAUUCGAAGGGACAAGAAACCUCGGUGGAUGCAGCUUGUCGGUCUCAUUCAUGACCUAGGCAAGUUGCUCUAUUUUUUUGACUCCAAGGGCCAGUGGGAUGUGGUGGGGGAUACGUUUCCAGUGGGAUGCAAGUUUCUGAAGAAGGUGAUCUUUCCUGAAAGCUUCCGAAAGAACCCAGACUUCUCCAAUCCCUUAUACAGCACCAAGUUUGGUAUUUAUUCGAAGAAUUGUGGUUUGGACUCGGUGAUGUUAAGUUGGGGUCACGACGAGUACAUGUACCAUAUUGCCAAAAUCAACUCGACUCUCCCUCCAGAAGGACUAGCAAUGAUUCGGUACCAUUCUUUUUAUCCAUGGCACCAAGAGAAUGCCUACACGUAUUUAAUGGAUGCACAUGACCAGGAGAUGUUGAAGGCGGUCCGGGCAUUCAAUAAGUAUGACUUGUAUUCGAAAACGGAUGAACAACAUGAUGUGGAUUCACUCAAGGAGUAUUAUUUGGACUUGAUAGACGAGUAUUUUCCAAGCAAGGUGAUUGAGUUUUAA